GUCCGCUGGCAGCCUCAUGCAACGCGCCCCAUCUCGGUCAGAAUGUAAACAGUCUGGCCCAGCGCUCAGUAGUGCGUGGCGGUGCGCGUUUGGCUGCGCGCGUCGCACUACCCUGUGGCCUGCUAUACCGCUUUUCCUCCCUUGUUGCGCGAUUUCGUGGUCCAACUAAAUAUAUCAACACAGAAGCGGACGCACCUUAUCGGCCUCUCGGGAACACAAAAGAAUAAGAUAAUCGUGUACAGAUGUGACUCGCGAAAGACAACACAAAAAAAAAGAAAAAACAAAAACGACCAGAAUGAGAUAAAAAACUGAAAAAAAAAGCGAUAAACGAUGACCCAAAUAUGAUACGGAGGAGUGAGUGAGCGAGUGAGCGAGUGAGUGAGUGAGCAAGGACCUGACACAAGGGAGAGGAUGCGACGCACGGCCAGACCAACAACGGCAGAGAGAGAUGACCUCGAGGACACCAGCUGGAAAAGGAAGUCCUAUGCCCUUGCUCAGCGGAAUGCCCUCCCCAUCCCUAUGCCCCACCCAGUUUACCCUCCCCCGAAGCCUUGCCCUCCCCCAGCGGUAGUCAUUCGACCCUCUAGACUCCGCUCACGGCCUCCAGGUGCAGGAUACAGGCCACCUACAGGGUACAGGCCCCCGGGGAUAAACCAACCACCCCCGAGGCAGAAUUAUUACCAAGGUCAACAGCCCCACCCUGACCACCUCCCGCCGCUGUCCGAGGUCAGUGCUGGGACAGGAGAUUUCCCUCUUCACAAAGGGCCUCCUCCCCAUCGACAGCUUCCUACCAUACAGGCCGCUCCCUUAGAGGCUCAUGGCAUCCCUUCUUCACACCCGCCGGAGCUCACCACCUUCAGAGCACCUGCCUCACCCCCCCCACAAGGGCCUGCCAAUGCUAACUUUCCGCAUGAGAGGCCUUAUAAUGUCCCUGGCUCGCCACCAAGACUCAACCACCAUGUCGCCUCACCUACAAGGCCUACCAACACCUCUGCUUUGCUUCCUCCAGGGCCACCUUACGCUAAUUCAUCGCCCUCACGGCCUGCCAAUAUUCCCCCCUCGUCAUCAAGACCAGUCGACCAUCCCGCUUCCCUUCCCCAGCCUGUCAUUCAAGACACCGCUGGACUAAGGCCUUCCACGACUCAUCCCACCUUCAACACCUUCCACCCUGAGCCUGUGGCGUCACACCCUCCACUGCCCGCCACGUUGCUCCCGCAGCAGACACACAACGCCCCUUCAACGCCACCGCCACCAGUGCCCAGAACACCCCCGGCGCUGCCCAGUAAACCACCACCGCGGGUACUGCAGCCUAAAGGGACUAAGAUUGAGAGGCCGGCGCACUCACCACCACCACAAUCCCAGAAAACCUCUCCCCUGAAGAAUGCGCCACCGUCACCGAGGCCGAGGGAGGCACCGCCCGCCGUGCCGUCCUACCCGUCGAGGCAGCCGGAGUCAGGGUACUCCAGCCACGACUCCCUAUCGACAUGUCCCCCGGAGUCCUACAUCACGGAGCCAACGCCCCCCGUGUCUUUGGGUAAGCCAGUCACCCCUUCAGAGCCGGUCAGUAUCUCCCCUCCGGCGGACACUGACCUCACCUCGAAGCUAGUCAGCCCACCACGAGAAGACGCACGAGACCGAAGACCUGAAGCAGACCUCGAAGACCAGCGUUCGACGGGUAACACCUCAGGGACAAAUACUUCGCUUGAGGGAUCAAAGUCACCUUCCAAGGGAUCUGAAUCCGACCUCACGCCUCUACCCAGUGUUUCUGACUCUCCUGAAUCGAGAUCGUACUCCUCAUCACCGCCAAAGGACACAAGGAGCCCUCGACCUGCCAACACAGCCUCUCAACACCGAUCAACCACGCCCCCAUCACAGCGGCGUUCGUCGUCCCCACCUCCCGCCCCUCACCAACGCACGCCGCCGUCCAUCCGCGCGGCGCCUUCCUUUCAGCCGACGUUCCCUGCGACGCCUCUCCUAAGAAGAGCCAAUUUAGCAUCGAAAUCUCAGAGCUCCCUGUCGUCUCCCUCCUCAACGACCUCCCCUCACCCCGCCAUAGCGCCUGAGGGGGGAGAAGCCUCAUGCCUCCCCACGCCGCCCUCCUCCCCCUCCACGGCUCGUCUCGACAUUGUCACUCCCUCGUCCUCCUCAUCCUUCCCGCACGGCCACGAUCAGAGUGCAGUCGGGGAGGGGGAAGGAGAGGAGGAGAAGGCAAGACACCCAGAGAGAGACAACCCACCAGAUGACGGCCGUGACCUGCCUUACACCUCGCCGACAGACAAGGCGCCCGACAAGACCUCACCGAGCCAAGAAAAAGCGACCCCGCCCACUAGUAAUGCCGCCAACAACUCGGUCGCCUCGGAGGAGCUCGGAACCGUCCCCGCCAAGCCACCGCCGGAUACGUUCCAGGUGUACAAGACGAGGUUCUGGAUCUUGACGGUGUUUUCGUUCAUAGGCUUUAUACAGACAUUGGUGUGGGGCACGUUCGGGCCGAUCGCGGAGUCGGCCCAGGCGGCGUUCCCGAGCUGGGACGACGCCACCAUCGCCGCGUUCCCUAGCUGGGGGCCCAUCAUCGUGGUCGUCUUCACCUUCCCAAUGGUGUGGCUCUCCGGAAGACUAGGUCUGCAGUUGGCCAUGGGGGUGUGCGCGCUGUUCCUCACGCUGGGCACGAUGCUACGCUGCUUCACGUCGCAGGAGGCAGUCUUCACCGUGAUGUGUCACGUCAGCUCCGUCCUGUUCGCCUUCGCCGCCUGCUUCACCCUCUCGCUGCCCGCCAUGGUCGCCGCCACGUGGUUCCCGCCCAGCGAGCGCAUCACGGCCACAGCGGUGGGAACCCUCAUGUGCCAGCUGGGGGGCGCCGGCAUGUACCUGGGGGCCCUGGUGGUCAGGUACCCUACUGCCGAGCCUCAGAACCUGUCAGAGACGGAGAGGGAGGAUAUCCGUGGCGACAUCAUGGUUCUUAUGUACAUACACUUCGGCGCCGCGUUGCUGCUGCUCCUGGCGGUGGUGAUCUACUUCCCGGCGAAGCCUACGACCCCGCCCUCAGCGUCAUCCACCGAGGAGAGGAUAGACUACUUCAAGGCCAUCAAGAAAAUAUUCAGAAAGCCGCAGCUGAUGAUGGUGAUGGUGGUGUUCGCGUUCUCCUUUGGUGUUCCUGUCGUGUGGAUCGGUGUCCUGAACUUGUCCCUCAAGGAGAUCGGCAUCAACCAGGAGCAGGCCAUCGGAGUCGCUGUGACCGCCGUGGUGUGCUCCAGCGCCUCGGCCUUCAUUGCGGCAAGGAUCACGGACAAGGUGUACGGCCACCUCAAAGUCACUAUAAUGGUGCUGCUCGGCAUUUCAUCUGUGUUCUUCCUGUGGUUCCUCCUCUUGACAACCAAAGUCAUCUACCCAACCCUUGGCCAGGUGUAUGCGGCAGUGACCGGGGGCCUCUGCUUUGAGUACACCACUGUGCCUCUGCUGGUGGAGCUGGCUGUGGAGAUUGGCUUCCCCAUCCCGGAAAACGUUACGGGAGCCUCGCUCACCUUCAUCUUCAACCUCGUGGCCCUCGUCUUCCUCGGCCUGUUCCAGAUCCCAAACAGCGGCCACUUGUGGGUGAGCUGUGUGCUGCUGGCCUGCGUCUCCCUCACCAUCAUCCCGCUGUUCUUCAUCAAGGAGACCCACAAGAGAUCAGCUGCAGAUAGAAAAAUCGUAUAGCAAAGCAGAUUUUUUUUUUAUUGUAGAUAUUACCUUUAUCAUAAAAUAUAAUUGUUUUUGUAUAUAACCAGUAUUUUUAUAUGUUACAAUACUUCAGGUUUCUCUAUUCAUACAGUUGAGUUUUCUGUACAUCAGUCUGCCUGUAAACUUGCUCUCCUCAUACACUCACACACAUCAAUACACACACACACACACACACACACACACACACACACAAACUAAGUGAGGAUGUAAUAUCAGUGAAGAGUGCACACAACUUCAAGGAAAAACAGGACAAGUACAGAUAUGGAAACGGGACCACACGAGCGUGAGCCCAGGCCCUGUAAAAUUACAACUAGGUAAAUACAACUAGGCAACUCGGUAAUACACACUCUUUCUCUCUUUCUCUAAAAAUGGUAAGUUCUUCUAUGAAAUGCUUCUUGUGAAAAUUGAAAACUAAUAGUGUUAAAGAUCUUGAUGUCAUGUCACAUCUAACUGCAACUUUUCACAUCAAUGCAUUGAUGCAGCAAAGAAGCCAAACAGAAUGUUGGGCUUCAUUACCCCUUUCAUUACCGCCCACACACUGCCCGGCACAACAACGCCCUUCCCACGCACCCGACGUGUUCACCCACUCCGCCCAGUUUCAUGAGGGUACUGUUUAUAUUUAGUUCUGCACAUUCAUGUAGAGGUUUAUAUUAAUUUUUACAUGCUCAAAUGGAUUUUGGCCAUGAGAAGUUUUUAAGUGAGAUACAAUUUAUUAGAUGUUAUUUCUCGUGCAGAGAAGCUGUGAGACAAUGUGGAAAAAUAUGGCCUCCAUGUUUGGCAUCUGGGCAAACACUGCCACUCAUGUCCACCCAACUGUCCCUGAAGUGUUUGUGUUGCUGCAGGUCUGACACUAGUGAUUAUAGUUAUAUAUAUGUAUAUAUGUGUAUGAUAUAAAUCCAUUUACAUGUAAAACGGUAUAAUAAAAUAGACUAUAGUACAAAACAGCUAUGGCAUAUACAAAAACACAACAGUAUUAGGUCACAUAUAACUUCAUCAUGCCAAUAUAUUUUUGGGUAGGAACAGAUAGUCCGUUGCCAAUUUGUCAACUUGUUGAUACGAGCCACAAAAUUCAUAUAAACUGACAACCCUGUUUAUUGUCAGUGUGGCAGGAGUAAUUCAUCAGUCCAUCAGCCAAAAUCUUUCAUGAAUUACAACAGGUAUUCAACAUCUCGGUUAAGAAUAAGAAUUUCGAAUACGCAGAACAGUUUUGGUCUCUCCACCAUGCAGAGGAUGCUGCUAAAUAAGGUGUUCAGUGUAGGGCAAUCAAGAGGAUAUCAAUGGGAGAUUUAGCAUGCUGGAGUGCUAGAAUGACCAGACAACUGCUCCUGCAGGAUUUGGUUACAGACUUCAUAAACACCCCCUAAAUGCGCGCACACACACACAGGUCCGGGCAGUACCCAGAGAUCGACGAUAAUGAGCAUGCACUUGCUCGUGUCGGGAGGGUACCUGCUGGCGAAAGCGAGUCCAACUCGUGAUCAGGCUGUGGUGAAUUACUUACACACACACACACACACACACACACACACACACAUCACUCCUUAAUACUUCGUAUCAUUUUAAAUUUCUAAGGUGUACAUAUGUAAUUUUAGUUAUAAGGAAACAAUGUUCUCAACUGCCACAGUUAUGAACUGUACAUACAAUGUUUAUCAAGCUCAACAGACACUUGAGAUCAGGGUUGGUGCAUGUGGCACCAUUGUGGCCCAGGAGUGACUUGACACUGAUGAACACGAUGCUGUGACCACUUUGUCAUUUCCAUUUGGGGAAUAAAUGACACUUGUCGCCAUUUAACAUUUGACAUGACAGGCAUUGUCAAAAUAACAAAAUGUACCUUAUCAAUAAAACAUGCAUGAUCA